AUGGGAUUUGUGAAGGUUGUCAAGAACAAGGCCUAUUUCAAGCGCUAUCAGGUGAAGCUGAAGCGUCGGCGUGAGGGCAAAACCGAUUACUAUGCGAGGAAACGUCUGACGGUGCAGGACAAGAACAAAUACAACACACCCAAAUAUCGCAUCAUCGUACGCUUCACCAACAGAGAUGUCAUCGCCCAGGUAAGCCGAUAUCCUGCAAAACAGCCCAUUUUUAUGUGGUUCAUGUGCGCUUGAUG